CGCCUUCCCCCCAACCUCGCCGGCGUUCGACCGACUCGCCGCCAUGCCCCCCGCAAAGUGGCUGAUGCACUGGCACCCGAACCCUGGAGCGACGCUCAACAGCCAGAUCCUGGCGGAGGCUUGCGGCUGCGCCGAGUCCCUCGGCGGCACCAAGGACGGCCGCUGGAAGACCUCCAUCUUCUUCUACCGCCCGAUAGCGCGGGAGACGGCCGCGAGCGGGGCGCAGCAGCAGCAGCAGGCCCCCGACGUGCCCCGCGAGCUCUUCGGCGUUGCCCUCCACGAGCGCCCCGGCCUUUACUUCUCCAUCCUCCGGAACCAGCGCAUCGUCCUACAGACCGACGCCGCCUUCCCCCAAGUCAUGGAGAAGCUCCAGUCCUACAAGGCCCGCGUCACCCUCAACUUCGAGGGAUUUCAGUAUCAAUUGGGUGAUUUUUACUUGAGGAUAGCAAAAUGUGUUCCUAACAAUUCUGAAACACUGAGAGGAAUCAUGAUGGAGGUAGAGUAUUGUCCCCUAUCUUCCAUCGAAAAGUCGAGGGCAAUCAUGCUAGACUUCUUUGACAUAUGGCAGGAAACACUUGCAAAGAAGUCGCUGCCUGGCCGUUUCAUCCAUGUAGAGUCUAAUUUUUCAGAGUUUGGUCUUUCAGAUCAAUAUUCUUACCAGCACACCGCAGUUCAGUACGCGAUCUGCCUGCAACAGCUUAUGGCAUCUGUGAGGCAGUGAGGGGCUAAGUUCUGUAGAUGGAAGUUUUAGAAUAUCAUGAUGUUUAACCUGUUCCCAUGAUCCUGAUAACAUUAGCACCUGGCAAUGGCAGGACAUGCAUCUUAUGUGAUGGAGCGUAAUCAAUUUGUAUGGUUAAAUUAUCUCUUCUACCAGAUUUGUGGUGUUGACUUGUUCUGUAGAUGGAAGUUCUAGAAUAUCAUGAUGUUUAACAUGUUCCCAAGAUCCUGAUAACA